CCCACCCACCCACUCUCCUCCACUUCUUCUGUUCUCUUCGCCCUCAUAAUAAUCAUGGCUCUUCCUCCAUAAGCUCCUCGUCCUCUUCCUCUUCCUCUUCCCCUUUUUUACUUUCCUUUUCCCCUUAUCGGUUACAGACAUCAUUUCUUUCCCGCUCCCCGCACUCUCCAACCCAACUGCGAUUUUACGCAGUACGCCGCCGCAGCUCGCAGCUCAGUCUCUGACUACAUAUCACUCAUUUCGCCAUUUUUCCUCUAGACCCCCCAAGACCGGUCAUCAUGGUCGAGCUAAUCCCUUCUCUUGAACCUCGCAUGCUGCUCCCGCCAUUGCUCGCCUGUCUACCUACGGCUUUCGUCUCGUCCCAACCCCCUCCUGCGCUGCUACCACUCCUGUCUCCGAUUAUUCGCCAGCGUGUGAAGAUCUUCACUACCGUCCCCGCUUCGCCCACCGAUUCAUGGCUUCAGUUGCUUUGCUGGGAUUCUGCAUCGGCUGAGCGUCUGCAAUCUCUGGUGGAUGGUGCUAGUUUUGAGCCCCACCCCGUUUCCGGCGAGAUUGACCUCCCAGACGAUAUUCCAAUUCGAUACAAGAGACUGGAUGAGGAGACUCUACAGUCGCAAAUUCAGCUACCUGAGUAUAGCCUAAAGGUCAUAUACGUCUGGUGUCCGGACGACGAAGAAGGCGGAGGAGCUGCGUGGCGGGUAGCGGAAGUCUUGCCACAGGAUAGCGUUGUUGGGGAGGACGGAGUCUGGUCGAUCUCAAUUGGGGAGGCAAACGCCCACCAAAGGGAACAGGGGACGGCAAAUAAGGUAGCAGCAACGGGAAACAAUGGACAAGCGACCACAGCGGCAACACAGAGCAAUGGCAAAGAUACACAAGAGGAAGAGGAUGAUGACGAUGACUACUGGGCCCAAUACGAUGCGACUCCCGGACGGACCCCCGCGGUGAAAACCCCGGCUCCUAACGCCGUCUCAUCUUUGCAACAGUCUGACGCAGACUAUUAUUCUCAGUAUGACGAUGUGCAGCCAGCCAUGGAUAACCAUGAUCCCGAGGAAGAGCAACCCGAAAUCGGUCCAUCCUCGCUCAAUGGCGACAUGUUGGCUCGUCUCUUGCAACGGCAAGUCAGUGGCUCGAACCCUGACACGUCUGCGCACGCGACCGAACACUCAGCAAUUGGGACAAAUGGAGCCUACGCCAUGUCGUUGAAUCAUCCUCGCCCUUCAUCCAUCUCAUCUGGCAGCUCCGAUCCAGUGGCCAAGCUAGAGCAGGAAGCGGAGAACCAGUCUGCCUAUGAAGUCGGGGUAAAGCAACAUAUUGGCUCCAACAUUAAGAGCUUGUUCCGACUGGCAAAGGCGACUGGUCUCUCUCGCAGUGACUUCCAGACUCUUGUCAAGACUGAAUUGGAGCUGCUCGAUGUAUCAGACGAUGAGUGAAUGAUCUUCUCCGCCCACCAGUUUGAUCUCUCUUCUUUUUGUCCAUCUAAUUCUGAAAUUGUACAUACAUACCUACCGCAGUUGGUCAUGCUUGAGCGUGAAGGGCGCAAUUUUUGUUCGCAUAUGCAUUGGAUAUCCCAGGGGUACAUGUGCUUUGUUGGCUAUAUUGCUAGAUUGAAUUUAUUUCGCUAUUCUUGCUACUG